AAAAUGUAGAUCAAUUCCUUUCUGCUGCAGCUGAUGAGGUAGGAAUAGAAAGAACUCUUACCGCAACUUUUGUCAAUUCAGAUGCCACAGCUCCAAAAUCAUCUUUCCACCAGGUUAAUAAAUUCACAUUAUUG